GAAAAACGCACCCCAGGUUUUCCUCGUCUCGCGUUCGGGGGAUCGAUACAAAUUCGAAAGGGGAAGAAGCCUCGAGGCGCACGCGACGAUUUUUCCAGACCCAAAUCUCCCCCCAUUCUCCCACCCAUCCACCAACCCCGUUCCUUCCUCGCCGGCACGAAGCCAGGCCGCCGGAGAUGUCGCCGGCGGCGGACAGCGCAUCGGGAUCGAAGCGGCAGGCGGAGCUGCUCAAGCAGGAGGGCAACACCUGCUUCAAGAAGGACCGCAUCAGCGCCGCCAUCGACGCCUACACCGGGGCUAUAGCUCUCUGCCAAAAUGUUGCAGUAUACUGGACCAACCGAGCACUGUGCUAUAAGAAGCGGAAUGAGUGGGCUAAGGUUGAGGAAGAUUGUAGAAUGGCUAUCCAUUAUGACAGCCACUCCGUUAAGGCGCAUUACAUGCUUGGGCUUGCACUUCUCAACAGGCAGGAAUUGGCUGGAGGAAUAAAAGCACUAGAAAAGUCUUUGGAGCUUGGAAGGGGUGCACAUCCUGCAAGCUAUAUGGUUGAAGAGAUAUGGCAAGAGCUUUCUAAAGCAAAAUACAUUGAAUGGGAAGGCCUAUCAAAAAUGCGAUCCUCUCAAUUGCAUAAACUGAAUGCAACAUGUAAAGAAGCUCUAAAGAGCUAUAAUAGCCUUGAUAAUCCAACUGGAGACAUGUCUGAAGAGCAUCUAAAUGAGCUAGACGAAGUUUUCAGGAAAGCUGCAAAGGCCGAUACUCCAACAGAAGUUCCUGACCAUCUCUGCUGCAAGAUUACACUUGAUAUCUUCAGGGAUCCAGUGAUCACUCCAAGCGGAAUUACUUAUGAGAGGGCUGUGAUUCUUGACCAUUUAAACAGGGUUGGGAAAUUUGACCCUGUGACCCGUGAACCACUGGAACCAUUCCAACUAAUAUCAAACCUCGCCGUCAAGGAGGCUGUAGAUGUAUUUUUGAAGGAACAUGGUUGGGCUUACAAGAUCAGGUGAUUGAUUUGUACAAUUGAAUUGGUAGGGUACACCUUGAUUGGAAGAUUGGCAAUACAUAGUUCUGUUGUUCUGUUGACAUCAAGGAAGUUGUACAUACUUUCGAGUGUUGUUAAAUUGGAUUGGAUCAUACAUAGAACUUGUCAUGGGUACAUGUGUAAGGAAAUAGACAUGUGGGUUUAGCAAGUGCAAUUGCUGAUAUCUUGACAUCCUU